UGAAGCAUUUGGACUUUGGAGCGAUAACAGAUUAGGGGAGAGAGGGAGUCUGCUUUUAAAGGGGAGCCACAAAAAUAAUAAUGGGAAACGCAAACACAUGAAUCGAGCUAAGAAGAGUGAGGCACAGCAACAGCAAGAACCUUCCUUCAUCUUCAUCUACAUCUUCAUCCAUCCACACUCUUCUCUUCGCUUCUACAACUGCACCGUACAGUGUAGCCGGCAUAGCUAGCAAUAGCAUAUGCUAUGACGCGCACACUCUCAUUGCCAUGCCUCUCCUCUUCCAUUCUUCAUACUCGCAAACCCACCACCUCUUCCUCUUCCUUCAUCUUCACUCCCCACGGCCAUGGCCACCGCCGCUUCCACUUCCUCUCUCCAUGCUCUUCCCUCAAGCAGACCAAGAAGAAGCAGCAGGAGCAGCUCCGCAAGGUCACCACUGCUCCGUCCACCAUCAAGCGUCUUUUUAGCCCCAACGACGACGUCGAUGUCGAAGCCGAUAAGAACAACGAACCUGACUCCUCCUCCUCCACCUUGACCGGGACACUCCUCGCCGGUCUGUUGCUUGUCGGCGCCGUUGGCGGCUUUGCCUCUGUUGGCUAUUUCUACAAGGACCAAAUCAACUCAUUCCUCAGUCAGUUCUCCGUCUUCAUCGAAGGUUAUGGUCCAGCUGGAUAUGCAUUAUUUGUAGCAGUUUAUGCUGGAUUGGAGAUACUUGCAAUUCCUGCUAUUCCUUUAACAAUGUCAGCAGGACUUCUUUUUGGGUCUGUAAUUGGCACCAUUAUAGUCUCCAUUAGUGGAACGGUGGCAGCAAGUGUUGCUUUUUUAAUUGCACGAUAUUUUGCUCGUGAGCGGAUUUUGAAACUUGUAGAAGGAAACAAGAAGUUUCUUGCUAUUGACAAAGCAAUUGGAGAGAAUGGGUUCAGGGUUGUAACCCUCCUUCGUUUGAGCCCUCUGCUCCCAUUUUCUUUGGGGAAUUAUUUAUAUGGAUUAACAUCUGUCAAGUUUGUUCCAUAUGUAUUGGGAAGUUGGUUGGGGAUGCUUCCAGGAACAUGGGCUUACGUUAGUGCUGGUGCUUUUGGAAGAGCAAUAAUUCAAGAAGAAUCUGAUCUUAAUGUACUUGGAGGAAGCAAUCAGCUGCUGACGCUUGGGCUAGGACUAUUAGCCACUGGAUUAGCUGCUGCAUAUGUAACUCGACUUGCAAAGGAUGCUAUAAAGGAUAUUGAGUAGUCUUUAGAGAGUAGACAGAAGUCAGCAUUUGCCAAUGAAGACAAAGUCAACUCAGCAUUGGGAAACUGAUGUCUCAUAAAUAAAGUAUCAGUAACCAAAGAUAAAAAUAAAAGCGAAAAAAAAAAGAAAUAAGGAAAUUGAUGUACACAGCACGUCUUUGUAAAUUAAAAUAUUCUUGUCGAUGAAUUAAGGUUAAGGUAGGAAGGAAAAUCAUGUUUCCCUUUUGUACCCCUUACAUUGUUGGAAUAGUUUGCCUGCGUCAUCUAUAAUUCUACAACGCGCUGGCGGAAAGGGAAUAUACACAUAAAAAUAAGUCAGGUUGCUGAGAAGUGGUUAGGGCUCUCGAGAGACAAAGAAAACCUGAAAAACCCGGUGAGAAAGCUUCUUGUUAGUUGUUAGGUAGGUAGUAUGUACUGGUUUUGACUUGUUUCAUUUCUAGGUUUCAUUGAUAAUUAUAUGUAUAAAAAGAUUUUAUUUUUCAAGAACAUAAUAAACUUUUGUUUACUA